AUGCGUUUUUCGCUUUUCGCUGCCCUAUCGGCAGUGGCUUCGUUGGGUCAUGCCCUCCCUAGCCCGGUGCAGCCCCGAGAUAUCGCAACUGACACAUUGAACCAAUUCGACUUUUGGGUCCAGUAUGCAGCAGCAACAUACUAUCUCGAUGUCUACACAGCUCAAAUAGGACACAAGAUUAGUUGCUCCGAAGGCAACUGUCCGGAUGUAGAGAAAGCAGGCGCGACUGUAUUCUACGAUUUCUCCAAUGCGACAAUAACAGAUACCACCGGCUACAUCGCAGUAGACAACACCAACGAGGCCGUUGUUCUCGCCUUCCGCGGAUCCUACUCCGUGCGUAACUGGAUCGCCGACGUCACAUUCUUCCACACAAACCCACAUCUAUGCCAUGGCUGCCUCGCCGAACUCGGCUUCUGGACCUCCUGGAAGUUGGUCCGCGACGAUAUCAUGCAGCAGCUGAAGGACGCUUUCUCUCAAAACCCCGGCUACGAGCUGGUGAUUGUGGGCCACAGCCUCGGCGCCGCCGUGGCAACUCUCGCUGCUGCCGAUCUCCGGGGUAAAGGCUACCCGUCGGCCAAGCUGUAUGCUUUUGCCUCGCCUCGCGUGGCAAACAGGGCUUUGGCCGAGCAUAUCACAGCGCAGGGAAAUAACUACCGCUUCACUCAUACCAACGACCCGGUCCCUAAGCUGCCUUUGCUGUCUAUGGGAUAUGUGCACAUCAGUCCUGAGUAUUGGAUCACAACACCCGACAAUACUACUGUCAGUACCUCCCAGAUUGAGCUUAUUGAGGGUGAUGUAUCCUUCAAUGGGAAUACCGGGACUGGAUUGCCGUUACUGUCUCAAUUCGAGGCACAUCAUUGGUACUUCACGCAUGUUGAUGCUGGGAACGGGGAUGAUACGCCGUUCAAGAUGGUUAAAGCUUGA